AUGAGCCUCGUCGACCUCUUACGUCGCCAUAUCCGGAACUAUCAUCCUGAGAGAGAUCCUCCGCAGUCUCGAGCGCGGCAGGCUUGCGGAGCCUGCCAUGCUCGAAAGGAACGGUGUGACGGUGGAUACCCAUGUAAUCGAUGUCAGCAGCGAGGAGCUACCUGUCCAAGUCCUCCGGGGGCGGCUCGUGGCAACAGCAAAUCCCAAGAGGCCCAAACGCGCUUGAACGCGGAUAUAGUGAGUAGGGUGCCUGGUGAAUCCCGGUGGAUUGCCCAGGACUUUAUUGAUAUCUACUUUCACGACUUUCAUCCCACUUGGCCGUUUCUACAUUGGGGGACAUUCGAGCUCUCGAAAGAGCCGUGUAUACUUCUCCAAUCAAUGUUAAUGGUUGGGUUAUGGAUCAAAGGCGACCAAGCCGCGCGGGACACGGCGAUGACUUUCCAUCGUAAUUUGCUUUCUGCGAUUCAAGCUCAAAGGACUCAAUGGUAUAUCUCGGAUUCGGCGACCGGCUGCAACAAUGACAGUCCCUGGCCCAUGGCGACCUACCAGAGCAUCCUUCUACAGCUUAUAUUCGCUGUGUUCGUGGCCAAACAAGAGACCUCGCUUGAUUUGAAUAUGCGUUUUCAACUACAGGAUCCUACAUAUGAACUCCUCACAUCACUUGUGGAAACCUGUCGCCGGCUCGGUUUGUUCUCCUAUCCGAAUAUGCUGGCUCAGCAUCAUUCCUCUGCCCCAAUAGCGCUCAUAUGGGUGAACGUGGAGGAAAUCAAGCGUUUCGGGCUGGCGCUAUAUAAGCUCUGUCGACUCUGUACUCGGAGCACCUCAGCUGAGAUAGAUGGCAGUGACAAGAGAAGGGAGCUUCUAACUCUGACAGACCUGGACUUUUGCAUGCCGGAUAGCGACGAAAUGUGGAACGCUCCGCCGAACACGGGGGUCGAAUUAAUCCGAAGUAGUGCGUUUCAGCAGACAUGCAGGGAUAAUCGAGAUCCAGACAACUGGAUAUCCCAGACAUCGGGGAAAUUGUGCGAUUCUCGGGUCGGUAUUGACUGGAUAUGA